CGACAACCGUAAUAUUCGCCGGUACGCAGACACCAUUUUUGGAACCACUAUCGUUUUCGAAAACUCGACGCAUGAUUGUUAUUUCGGUGUUUUCCUUUGUUCGCCCGUCGUGCCGCCACCGCUGUCGUGCAUUUUUAUCGCAGUGCGCUCACGUCUCACGGCCUUUUUGAGCGUUUAACGCGCCGCACCCGGGCCAAUAAAUCGCAUUUCGCGCUGUAGGUCAAUCCCGGUACGUUUCGCAAGAAUUUGCCCGACCGCUGUUGUUCUACAGCGUGCAGUUUCCGUUUGCAAAAACGCCGCCACCGCAUGCAAAGGCUCUUCUCGAUCCGUCCACAGUCGAUCGUCAUCACCUAGCCGCCGACGCUGACGCCACUCGCUGGCUGCUCUGACCGCCGACCGCUGCCACUGUUAGUUGUACUCAAUGUCUUAAGACUGAAUAAAUUCACAUCAUUCCCUCCCCGAGUUGUAGAGGUUGGCCGCCGCAAGUGUUCGAGGUCGCCAGUCACCACUAGCCCUCAGUUAAUAAUGUCUACUACCCCAACCCCCCGUAGUCCUAACAAUUCUGGUCGCAGAGGUGUGACUGCGACAUUGCCUGCAGUCGCAGCCGUACAAGCGACUCCACCAUCAUCGCCGUCCAUAGGUGGGGAAACUACCAAGGAAGUGAAACCAAAUCCAAAGAUGUCUAAAUCUCUUAGCACUUCGACUAAGAGGAUUCAAAAAGAACUAGCUGAAAUUACAUUGGAUCCUCCACCCAAUUGCAGUGCUGGACCAAAAGGAGAUAAUGUAUUUGAAUGGGUCAGCACAAUUUUAGGCCCACCAGGUUCGGUGUAUGAAGGAGGAGUUUUCUUUUUAGACAUUCAUUUCACUCCAGAGUAUCCAUUUAAGCCUCCUAAAGUAACAUUUAGGACUCGCAUAUAUCAUUGCAAUAUUAACUCUCAGGGUGUAAUUUGCUUGGAUAUACUUAAAGACAAUUGGUCUCCUGCAUUAACUAUCUCUAAGGUGCUGUUAUCAAUUUGUUCCCUAUUGACUGAUUGUAAUCCAGCGGACCCCCUAGUCGGUAGUAUUGCUACUCAGUAUCUACAAAACCGUGAAGAACAUGACAGAAUUGCUAGGCUGUGGACAAAACGAUAUGCUACAUGAUUGAUCCUCGAAGAAACUUAAAAAUAUAUAUAUUUAAAUAUACAUGCAAAAAUUCCUAAUUCCGUACAUUAUUAAUGGGUGUUAGCAUGAUAAAAUUUUAAUCAUUAUUAUUUUAUAGUUGGCAUAUUUAAGACCUGAAUAUGAGUCAGUUCCUACAUUUUUCAUUUUUUCUUUUUUUUUUUUCUUAAAACAGUAAUAUUUUAAUUAUUGACAUGAUUAAAAAUGUUUAAUUCAUUUUAUAUAUAUAACUUAACUGCGCAACAUGUAAGGCCACAAUUCAUAACAAAAUCUCAAGUUAUUUUAUUUUUAUUUAAGUUUUAUGAUAGAAAAUGUGUACUAUUUUUUUUUUCAUAAUUGAUUUUAUAGAUAAUGAAUUGAUUUCAAUAUUAUAAAGAUUUAUUAUUUACAAACAAGUUUAAGUUAUAUUUUUAAAUUGUAAUUUUUAUUUUAUUUUAUGAGAAAAAACGCUACAUGUUGUGUAGUAUCCAUACACAACGUAAGUAUUGAAAGCCUAGACUGCUAAUUAUAAUUAAAUAACAAAAUAUAAACAUUUUGUAAACGAAUUUCAUCUUAAUGUAAAUGUAUAUUGACAUAGUAUACAUAUUUUUGUAUGUAAAAUAUUAUUUAACUAAAUUAAAAAUAUUGAUCAAUUUGUUUUAUAAAACCUAAUUUGUAUUUCAAGUCUAUUUAAUGACGUUGAAUGAAGUUUGUGGGUAUUAUAGUGAAAACAGUUAUUUAAAUUAAUGAUAUAUUAUAAUAUAUCAAACAUUAGGCGAUACAAAACUUAUUAUGUUUUCCAUAUUGAAUUACCAGUUACGUUGUAAGGUUUUUAUUGAAUACUCUAUAGCAACUUAACUUAUAUUAUUUUAAUGUUGAUGUAAAAAUAUAGAAUUAUAGCUUUACUCUUGUCUGUCAUGCAUAUUACCAAUGUAUAAUUUUUUUAAAUGUAUGUUCUAUAUAUGUGAAUGGUUUAGUGAGAGUCUUCAGUCAGACUAUCUCUACAUUUUAUUUUCAUAAUUAUGCAUAAUAGUUAUAGUUUUGGUUUGUAAUGGUGUUGCGCAGUAACAUUUUGUAUUAUUAACAUUGAAGUUCAAUUUUACACUACUUUAAACUGUUUUAGAUAAAAAAAAAUAAAAAAUAAGAAAAUGGGUGAGAA